CGAUUCCAGUUGUCGCUCACUGCACUCACUGAUGACUACUGUAUCCUCCCCGUGCUGCUGCAAUAGUGAUCGGUGGUGAGCAGGCUCGCGGCGCGUGCACGGCGGCAGCGGCAACAUCUUCUGCCCUCCGCGUCCAUGCCAGUCCUCAGCUCCCCAUUGCCAGUUGAGAAUGGCCAGCGUGAUGACCGCUUCCAAUAAUGAUUCAGCGGCAGCGGCAGGUCCAUCCAAGCAUCACAGCCGGGCCUCGCACCCCGAUGCGGCGGCAGCAGCAGCAGCCGCCGCCGUGAGGCGAUCCCGCCCAUGCGAUGCGUGUCGUCGCCGGAAAUCCAAAUGUGUCACCGAGGACGGGAACUCCAUGUGUGUGUUGUGCAAGUUCCACAACCAAACAUGCACCUACCUCGAAGCACCGCAGCCACGCAAGCGUAAUGCCAACUCCUCCGGCAGUGGCCCCACCACCGCAGCAGACUCCCAGACACCUGCCAAGCGGAGCCGGACGUUACUGCUCAAGCCUGGUACCGGAGUCGAGGAGUACGACACUCUGCCCGGGAGCCUCUUGCGAUGCACUCUGGGCCUGCAGAACCGGCACCAUAGUGAGUAUAUUGGCCUGAAUGCGAUCCCGGACGUCUACAGCAGCCCAAAUCUGGAUGCUUCGGCUGCUCCCAAUCAGGACUCCCAGGCACAACAUGAUUAUGUGCGUUUUGUCCACCCUUCGCACGCCUUCCGCAUCAUUGCCGAUGACCAGACGGAAGGCUACGACCAGGGACGAACCGAUGUGGAUGAGAUAGAAGCGCUCGCUUCUGGCCAUGGCGGAGAACUCGUCCAGCUCUAUUUUCGAGUGGUCCACCCCAGUUUUCCUAUACUGCACAAGGACGUAUAUCUCGAGAAGUAUGCCAGGUCCUACCGCGAGUUCUCUCCGCCACUGCUUGCAGCGGUAUACCUGCUCGCCUCCAGUUACUGGACGUACGAUGAGCAACUGUCCAGGAGCCCGAUGAUCGACACUGUGGCGUUGCAAGCACUCGCAUUCCGGACUUUACAGAAUGCUAUGCGCCGCCCGAAACUAUCAACAGUACAAGCCGGACUCCUACUCUCCCAGUGGCAGAAGGCUUUCAUGGGCGCUGCCAAUGAAAACCGAGACCGACUGACUGUGCAACUCGUCAACAUGGGACACGGACUAGGACUACACCUGGAUUGUUCCCACUGGGAGUUGCCGGAAUGGGAAAUUGGCUUGAGACGUAGGAUAGGCUGGGCGCUCUAUAUGCAAGACAAAUGGACCGCGUUGCUGGAAAGUCGACCUACCCUGAUCAGUGCGGAUGAUUGGGACGUGGCAGAUCUUUCCGAGCUGGACUUUCCGGAAAAUGUGGAGGACGAUCAAGAAGGAAGUGGCGAAGUCGAGAGAGGUCGACUGGUAUUUACCUACAUGGCACAUUUGUCAGUCAUUUUGGCCGAGAUCCUCCGCACCAUCUUUUCUGCAAGAGCGAGACGACUCUUGGACGGCGCAGCAGAUCGUCUUGCAGCAUUGCUGGAAUGGAUGAAGCCUCUUCAACUCAGCCUCAAAGAGUGGUUUCUCACUCUGCCAGAAUCUCUCAGGAUGGACACAGCAGCCUCCAUGAAACUCUCUUCGGUGGGCUAUCUGCGCUUAGCAUACCUGACAGUCGAGGUGUGCUUGCACAAGAAGCUCCUCCGAACUCUCAACAACACAUCAUCAACAUCUCUAACCAUAGCACAUGUUUGUCGAGCUGCGGCGAGCGAACGCUUCACAAACGGUACAGAUUUUGUGCAAAGGCUACAAGCACAGCACUUGCACUCUUUCUGGUACUUUCCCUCCGCAAAGUGCUGCGCCCUCAUACAUACACUGGGACAGACUCUAGGACAGACGGCCUCUAGUGAAGAGGAACAAGCCAUGUAUUCCCGGAAGUUGAAAGAGCUCAAGUGGUCUCUCAAGGUGAACAGUGAAGCUGGCGCGAGCUUUAUGAAGCAAGCACUCGCACUGAUCAACCAGUCAGUCCGCAUCAUCAACCAAGUGGGCGAGACAAGUCCGACAACGACAAGCUCCGCCUCACACGAAUUAAGGUUUCCUGGUCACGACACGUGCACGCCCGAGCAGUCGCACGCUCAACCUCAGGCUCAGCAAUGGAUGCAGCUGCAACAACAGGCUAUGCAGAAUGGCCAUGUGGCAUACAACGCCUACCAGGACUAUAGCAUGGACCAGGCUCCAUUCCCAGACCCAGACGCCAUGUUCGCUGGCUAUCCCAGCGAGCUCGAUGGUACUUGGAUGCAUCAUCAGAGGUAAACUGAUAGAGUCUUACUUCGCACUCUCCUGUCGUGCGCAGAGCAAUUUAUCGGAAUGGGUCCGGUAACACGCAUAAUUGAGCCAUGUCAGUGUUGUCCGGCGUGGGUCACGCAUCGGAAAGGUCAUCGACAACACAAGAGCCGCAUACACAUGACUCCGCAGCUCACAGGAGUGGCGCCAAGAGUUGUUUUUUUGACACCAAUCGUCUGGGCUCGUAAUCAAGAAUACAGCAAGCUCUGUUCAAAGCUUGGCUGGUUUGGUGAUGUUUGAAUGCCUAGGCUCUUAUCGGAUUGGAAAAGUGCCGUGAUAAACACGAGCCUCGCAUACAAGAAUGCUGAGAUCCUCUGUGUGUCGAGUUAUGCCAGCUGUUCAGAAACUCGUUCUGCCUCGUACCCACCUUCUGUGGAUUGCAACAUGAUCAUUCAUACUGGUAGGAAGACAUGAAGUCUGGGCAGCAACGCCAAUGUCGUGCACGGCGCAGAUACGUCAACAAGACUGAGAGUCGCCUCACAAUACGCUCACGUUUCAAAAUGGCAACAAGAAGGGCUGCAAUCAACACAGAAGUCAACCGAUAACGAUACAAGAUCUCAAUUACUGGGUCAACAAGGGCUUCUCGGUCCUGUCCCAGAACAGCUCUAACAUCUUUGGCUCGGUCCUCAUACGCUGGACUUUAGUGCAUCCUCAGCUCUAGCGUUAGACUUCCCUCCACGCCCGCGCCACUCGGCAUUGAUC